AACACCUACGAUCCACCAUUAGAAGAUGGAUCUAUGCCUUCCGAACGUCUACGGAAAUUAGAGAUUGAAGCAAAUCAUGCUUUUGAUCAGUACCGUGAAAUGUACUACGAAGGAGGUGUUUCCUCUGCCUAUUUGUGGGACCUGGAUCACGGAUUUGCUGGAGUAAUUCUAAUAAAAAAAGCUGGAGAAGGAAACCAAAAAACCAAGGGAUGCUGGGACUCGAUACAUGUUGUCGAAGUUCAAGAAAAAAGUUCCGGAAGAACUGCGCACUAUAAGCUGACGUCCACUGCUAUGCUUUGGUUACAGACCCACAAACAAUCAUCUGGAACAAUCAACCUUGGUGGAAGUUUAACUCGACAGAUUGAACAAGAUGCUCCAGUAAGCGAGAGCAGCCCGCAUAUCGCGAACAUUGGUCGCAUUGUUGAAGAUAUGGAAAAUAAAAUUCGAAACACUUUGAAUGAAAUAUACUUCGGCAAAACAAAAGACAUUGUAAAUGGACUUAGAAGUAUUCCUUCCUUAGCAGACACAAAUCAACAAGCAGCAAUGAAGAAGGACUUAGCCGCCGCACUUUUAAGACGAACCGGUAAAGAAAAUUAGGUGCACGUUUUUUUGCCAUCAUCACCAAUGAACAAUUUGACUAAAUGCAAAAAUUUACUGUAAAGAAGCUUCAAUGCUGUUGCUGUUGUACUCUCUAUCGUAGGAGCGCUGGAAAAGUAGAACGAUGGUACGAGGUUUAAGAUACUAUAAAUGAACAAGCAUCGAAGACCUUCAAUAAAAUAUUAACAUAGUUUGAUAACUGAUGUAGGAGAGAAUGAAUAACAAAACGUACAUUUAGUUCAAUUUAAUUGCGCAAAUAUCAUUUCAAAAUUGGUCUUGUGUUGAAAAUUUAAUUAAUAAAAUUUCUUAUCAUAUA